AUGGUGGAAACUUUAAUUUUCGAAAGUCCAGUACAAGAGGAGCCCGAAUCGAGUCCUAUACCGGAAAAUGGCGAUAUUAAUCCGUUCCCGGAGGAUCAGGACCAGACUGAAGCUGAACGCGAAAAAGUGCGCGUCAAGUUUUUCCAGCAGUCCAAACCGCAAGAGGUCGAUCUGCCGAAUGACCACGACCCUUUUACAGACCCAGCUGACUUUUCCAUCAUGGCGACGCAAGUGAUCAUGAACGAAUCGAACCAUGUGGUUUACAACAGAACUGAAAGACCUGAACAAAACAGUAAUAAUAAUUACCAUAAUGAUAACAGAUACAAACAACAUCACCAUUCACCAACAUACUCGGCAAAAGACGAAAUUUUCGAUGCCCUUAAGAACAUUCAAAAAAUCCUGGAGAAACUCCAAUCCGAAAUAACUUUUUUAAAGCAAAGGGAAGAAAAGAAAAACCUUUUAAAUAAUUAUUAUUAUGAUAGAAACUACUUGAAAGCUAACGAAAGUGCGGAUCUAAACAAAAUUGUUGAUUGUAUGGGGUCAGAAACUAAUUGUGUUGUUGUCAUGAAAAAAUGCAGAACUCGCGAAAAAAGCACCGAAAGUGGCUGGGACAACCCGUUCCGACCUGGCGGCGACCUGAGCCGAGAGGCCGACGAGAUCGUCGAGCUGAUAAAGGGCGGCAAACCCAUCACCCCCACUCCGGGGGCGCAGUCGCCCCCCCUCCCCGACAACGGCGACGUCGUCGACGCCAACGGGCGCGCGCCGAACCUCGCCGAGCCGAAGAUCAGCCCGAAGAAGGCCGCCGAGCUGAACCGAAGCCAGAACGGCAACGUGGCGCCGAAAAACGAGUCGAAGGCGGCGCCCGGCGCGGUCGACGUGCAACGCGGCAACGUCAAACCCGACGGCGACGCCUCGCAAGUGGAACACGUCACGAUAAAAAAGAAACCCAAAUGCAAGUGCUGUGUUAUACAAUAAUCGGCAAC